GACGCAGCCAGCGACAGCCUGAGAAACGUACAGAGACUGCCUGAGCUACAGCCAGAGACUGCCUGAGUUAGUCAGAGACUGCCUGAGCUACAGCCAGAUACUGCCUGAGUUAGAGACUGCCUGAGCUACAGCCAGCGACUGCCUGAGCUACAGACAGAGACGGCCUGAGCUACAGCCAGAGACUGCCUGAGCUACAGCCAGAGACUGCCUCAGCUACAGCCAGCGCCUGUCUCUGAGUGAAGCCACGGGGCCAUGGCGAGUGCGGCUCCCAGCGGUAGCGAGGCUCCAGGGGAGUUGACCUGCCCCAUCUGCCUGGAUGCCUUCCGCUGCCCCUGCACGCUCAGCUGCGGCCACUCGUUCUGCCUCAAGUGCGUGGAAGACGCCUGGAAUGCGGCAGAGUCCUUCUCCUGCCCACAGUGCCGAGUGACUUUCCCUCGGAGGCCCAAGCUGAACAAGAGCGUGACGCUCACCAACCUCAUCGAGCAGCUGCGAGUGGCUGAGCCCAUGGCUGCCGAUGCUGCUGCUUCGGCUGUUUGCUGCGAUCAUUGCAGGAAGCCCGCAGUGAAGACUUGCCUCAAGUGUGAGACCUCGUUCUGUAUGACCCACGUCGCGCCCCACCGGCAGUUGGCAAAGUUUCGUGACCACGUCCUGGUGUCGCCCGGUGUGAACCUGGAGAAUCGACGGUGCGCGGAGCACGGAGACGAGUACCUCUUCUACUGCGUUAACGACGGACGCCUCGUCUGCAGGGACUGCACCGUCACUGUGGAUCAUCGAGGGCACAAGCUCGUCACUCUGAAGAUGGAGCACGACAAACGAAAGAAACAAGUGGGAGAGGAGACGCGAGCGGUGGAGGAGAAGAGGAGGGAGGUGGAGGAGUCUGUGAAGCAGAUGGAGGCCGCUCGCAGGGACGUGCAGGCUGUGCAUCUUGUUUUGGCGUUUUCUACAGCAACUUGGCUCAAAUCAUCACGAAGCUUGACAAAUUCAUGCUCCAAAGAUUCAAGAUCAGUUGCUGCUUCCUUGAAAUUCAUAGUAGGAUCCUGUAAGCGCUUUUGAACACGAUAAUUUUUUCCAAGAAUGACAUUCCAGAAAUGUAAUAAAACUAUGUAGUUAAAAUGUAAUACGCAUGCCUGUAACUGUUCUGCAUCACUUCUGGUUUUAGGCGUCAUAGUUACGUCCUCCGAUAAUUUGUCUAGCAGCCCUACUAGUUCAUCCAGUCCUUCAUAGAUAGCUUUAACAGCUUCUGAUCGUGCACUCCAGCGUGUUUCAGGCUCCCGCUUUACUGUGAUGGGCACAGAUUUUUUUAACUCUUCCCAACGAAUUGUUGAACGAGAGAAAAACAAAUAUAUACUUUCAACUGUUCCAAAAAAUGUGACGACAAGUUGAUCCUUUUUAGCUGAGUGUACUCCUGCUAAAUUUAAGCUGUGGUUGUCACAGUUGACAAACAAUGCUCUGUGAUUUUUGUCACAUUCGUUGUUGAAGGCCGG